AUUUUAAACGAAUAAUACGGUGAACACUCGCCCAGUGGCGUUUAUUAAUUAUUAUUAUUUUUACAUAAAAGGUUGUAGCUAACGGCUAGCUCGGCUAAACGCGUUAGCCAAAUGUUUUCCUGACUCAUUAUUGAGUAGUAUCGUUAGCCAGGGUGCCAUUUUGCACCACUGUAGGGGUUUUCACAAGGUUUUACCACCGUAACCAUUGACUUUUGCCCUCUAUCACAUGGAGAUCUUGGACAUGGUGGGGUGGGAUUGUUGGUUCCGAGUAUUUAGAGACAGCCACGGCGAAGGAUUCAAGUGUAAGUGCUGGAUGGCUAUGCUGCUAGCUCCCCGAAGCUAACCUUACUGUAGUGCGGCUAACCUGGUUAAUCCAACACUGCUAGUGUGAGCAGGGGGUCCACACUGACACCAGACAGGGCUGAUCGCUGUGCCAGUCAACCCUUUUGCGGGAAAUGUGGUCCACAUUGGAGUUAUUGUAUCGAAACAAUUGUGUCACCGAUUUGUGUUUCGCCAUAACACCUCGCAUCACGAAGCUGAGCUGAAUAUCAUAUUGCAUAAGCAGUGUGGGUCAUAGCUAUUCAAACAUGGGUAACGUUAGAGGCGAUACGUACCCUGGUUUAAAGUGUCCUGAGACCUGUAGUCCAUUACAAUAGUGUCAGUUAGAUCCUUUUAGAUCCAUGACAUCCCAGGCAUACUGGUGUGUUGUUGUUUUUUUAACAGCACACAUGCUUAACAAAGACUAUUCAAAUAAGUAUUUGAUACGUAGUCGUAUGUGGCUCCACAUGAACACUUCCGUAGUGGUAUUUAUAUUAAUUCACUGCUCAGUACUUUUGUUUUCAAUGUAAUGUAUUCAAAUCUGCAUCGUGUCCCUCAAAAACUGAACAUCACAAGUCCUGUUUCCAUGCUGCAAAAUAGCAAAUACUGGUAGAGUUGGAGCAAACAUUUAAAAAAAAUCGCCUUUUAAUCUGUGUCAAGUCGUUUCCGAGGGUAUCAAUGCAUGCUUUAUGUUGGUCACAUACAGUAGGACCUAUAUUGACUGGGGAAAUGUGCCUACAUUUUCUUUUAACAUAUUGCUUUCACUCUCAACUGAACCAGACUUUGUAACUCUCUCAGAUAUGUUAUUCCGUGUUACUGUGAAGCAAGCCGUGAAUAUAUCAAGGGCUUGUUUUCACACUGGGGGUAUUGCUAAUAUGUGAUCUGGACAUGGUUGCAACACCCCCCCCCCCCCCCCCCCCCAUUGCCUACAAGAACAUGCUGUGUCCAGUCCACAAGCCUGGACCUCAGGUGUGUAAACUCAGUGCGUCUGCCGUCUUUGUGUUUGUCAACAUGAGAGGCUAGCCCCAUAGCCAGUGGCCAACUGCUUCUGAUUUAAUGGAUCUAGUUGAACUCUAAUUGACAUGCUUCGUAUUCGUAAUCCAAUCAUUGUGUCAAAUCAUUGAGGUUAUUUUUUGUUUUAUUUUCUUUAAUUCGUUAUGCGAGUCGGAGUAGGUCAACAAAGUACACAUUGGAAUCCGCAUUCUGAUCGGCCUUAAUCGCUAUGACGUAAUUAUUCGGGGUUAUCGAUUACCUGACAACGGGGUGACCCGUUGUCAGGCAUGAUGCUGGUUAACGUGUAGGUUGGCGGUGACUCGGAUGAGGGGAGUGGUGGUACCACAGUGUCCCAGUAAUGGGGUACUGGUCUAGAGUCACUGCCUGGACGCUUGAAUGCUGAGCAGAAGAAAUCACAAGCUGCUUACGCUAAUGUAAUGCUGUUGGACACCUCACGUGAUCAUCUCAGGACACACAGACACAUAGCCGUAGCAUUAGUCAAAGGGCUGACGAGUUUGUCUAAGGUAACUGGUAUGUUAUGAUUGAGUGCAUCCUUUAUGAUGUAGUCAGUCUGUAUUAUAGUGACCUCCAGGGCAGGGACAUAAUAGUCAUAACCAGAUGACAUGAGGUGAUCGUCUAAUACAAAUUACAAUUUGAGGUUGGAAAUAUUUUAUAUUCCAUCAUACAUGGAAUUUCCAUAGACGCCUGGUUAAUAUGAACAUGGUCCUGCAGUGUGUUUUCUGAAUGUAGGCUACUGGGUCGGUCUGUCUGGCCAAAGCACAAUGAUUGGUGUAAUAGGAUUCACCUGGCUGAGCCUGGGUUUUCCCACGAUGCUUUCCCACUCCGAGCGACAUCACUUCCUCUUCCUCAAUUAGCAUACCGGGCCUACUUGACCCUUGAGUCGGAUAACUUCAAGUACCUGAUAGACACAGAUAGUGGCAGUGCCUUUUUGUGAAAGAGAAACCGAAAUACAAUCAACAAUCAGGGAGACUGUGGAAGUCUUGGUCCAAACAGGGGGACUUCAAAUCAGACAGGAAGCAGAAGAACUGGGUCACCACAUUGGCGUCCUGGUGACAGCGGAACUCCCAUUGUUGUCGCGGCAACACUGUUCCAUCUUCCUCCUGCCCUCCUCAGUUACCUGAUGCGUCGCGGUCAGUGAUGACUUCAAAGGUUCCCUUCUGAAACACAGCCAGUGCAUCUCAUACCGCUGAGAUUACUGUUAUUUGAUAAGCAGUGAGGUAAUGCAUGGAGGAGUACAUCAGUAGGGAAACUGCGUACUGCGUAUCUCUAUGGGAUGGGCGGGAUGUAAAUGUAAGACAUAAAAAAAGUGUAUCUUCAACCCAAUCACAACAAACAGACUUGGGACUUGUUUGAUGGGAUGACCAAAGAUGACCCCUGUUGCCUCAUCUGCCAUCUUUUAAAUUGGUCCAAUUAUCUCAUGGUAAACUGUUUCAUGGUGGAUAAGCCAGGGGUCAGAGUUCAACACGGUUUACAAUGCGUUUCCUCAUUGUGUAGGUUGGCGCAGCUCUUUCACUAGCCAAAUGAACACUGGCAGCGUGUGCUGAGCACUAAUGCCAUAGAGUCCCUUGGCUUUGCUUUAACGUAGGCGUACUUCCUAUGGUUCGGCUUUUUGGCAGGAAAUUAUCCCAGUCAAGACAAGCCAGCAAACUGCUUUGUAGCAUGGCGUUUUUGUUGUUGUAGGUCGAACCCCAAAGAGAAAUUCACCUCUUCAAUGGUAAAGGCAGACGGGCAUCAUCAGAUCCAUUGUGACUGGAAUUUUUGUGAGGCAAGCCGUGUCUGUUAGGUGUGGCAGACAGCGCCACCCAGGUGUACGGAGUGGAACUGCAGGCAACGGACAGACCGCACGUCAGAGGACAUACUGCUGCUCCAGACCGACCGACGACAACGGGUUUCCACACGGGAACAAGCUCUCUCCGCCGGGAGAGGAGACGGGAGAAGCGGGAAGCUCACAGGAGCAGGAAGGUGUAGGCGUUCCUCCAUCUUUCUUUUUUGACGGAGAGAAGGGAGCGAGGGGCGUGCGAAGAUGUCGUCCGGCCGGACCCAGAACCCCCACGGGCUGAAGCAGAUCGGACUGGACCAGAUCUGGGAUGACCUGCGCUCGGGCAUCCAGCAGGUGUACACCAGGCAGAGCAUGGCCAAGGCCCGCUACAUGGAACUCUACACACAUGUCUACAACUACUGUACCAGCGUGCACCAGUCGAACCAGGGCAGGGGGUCGGCCCCCCCCACCAAGCCCUCCAAAAAGACCACCACCCCCGGGGGGGCCCAGUUCGUGGGCCUGGAGCUCUACAAGAGGCUCAAGGAGUUCCUCAAGAACUACCUGACCAGCCUGCUCAAGGACGGGGAGGACCUGAUGGACGAGGGCGUGCUCAAGUUCUACACGCAGCAGUGGGAGGACUACCGCUUCUCCAGCAAGGUGCUGAACGGCAUCUGCGCCUACCUCAACCGCCACUGGGUCCGCCGGGAGUGUGACGAGGGCCGCAAGGGCAUCUACGAGAUCUACUCGCUGGCGUUGGUAACCUGGAGGGAGUGCCUGUUCAGACCUCUCAACAAACAGGUAACGAACGCGGUGCUGAAGCUGAUCGAGAGGGAGCGGAACGGGGAGACCAUCAACACCCGGCUCAUCAGCGGCGUGGUCCAGUCCUACGUGGAGCUGGGUCUGAACGAGGAGGACGUGUUCGCCAAGGGCCCCACGCUGUCGGUGUACAAGGAGUACUUUGAGUGCCAGUUCCUCACGGACACGGAGCGCUUCUACACGCGGGAGAGCACAGAGUUCCUCCAGCAGAACCCCGUCACGGAGUACAUGAAGAAGGCGGAGGCCCGCCUCCUGGAGGAGCAGCGACGGGUGCAGGUGUACCUCCACGAGUCCACGCAGGACGAGCUCGCCCGCAAGUGUGAGCAGGUCCUCAUCGAGAAGCACCUGGAGAUCUUCCACACGGAGUUCCAGAACCUGCUGGACGCCGACAAGAACGAAGACCUGGGACGGAUGUACAACCUGGUGUCCCGGAUCACAGACGGCCUGGGGGAGCUGAAGAAGCUCCUGGAGACCCACAUCCACAACCAAGGCCUGGCCGCCAUCGAGAAGUGUGGCGAGGCCGCUCUGAACGACCCCAAGGUGUACGUACAGACCACCCUGGACGUCCACAAGAAGUACAACGCCCUGGUCAUGUCCGCCUUCAACAACGACGCCGGCUUCGUGGCGGCGCUGGACAAGGCCUGCGGUCGCUUCAUCAACAACAACGCCGUCACCAAGAUGGCCCAGUCGUCCAGCAAGUCCCCCGAACUGUUGGCCAGGUACUGCGACUCUCUGCUGAAGAAGAGCUCCAAGAACCCUGAAGAAGCAGAGCUAGAGGACACCCUCAACCAAGUGAUGGUUGUGUUCAAGUACAUCGAGGAUAAGGACGUGUUCCAGAAGUUCUACGCCAAGAUGCUGGCCAAGCGGCUGGUUCACCAGAACAGCGCCAGCGACGACGCCGAAGCCAGCAUGAUCUCCAAGCUCAAGCAAGCGUGCGGCUUUGAAUACACGUCCAAGCUGCAGCGCAUGUUCCAGGACAUCGGCGUCAGCAAGGACCUCAACGAGCAGUUCAAGAAGCACCUGAGCAACUCUGAACCCCUGGACCUGGACUUCAGCAUCCAGGUGCUGAGCUCUGGUUCCUGGCCGUUCCAACAGUCCUGCACCUUCGCUCUCCCCUCAGAGCUGGAGCGUAGCUACCAGCGCUUCACAGCCUUCUACGCCAGCAGACACAGCGGCAGGAAGCUGACGUGGCUCUACCAGCUGUCCAAAGGAGAGCUGGUCACCAACUGCUUCAAGAACAGGUACACCCUGCAGGCGUCCACCUUCCAGAUGUCCAUCCUGCUGCAGUACAACACAGAGGACAUCUACACGGUGCAGCAGCUCACCGACAGCACCCAGAUCAAAACAGAUGUCCUGUUUCAGGUCCUGCAGAUCUUGUUGAAGUCCAAACUACUGGUGCUGGAGGAUGAGACAGCCAACGUGGACGACAUGGAGUUCAAGCCCGAGGUUCUGAUCAAGCUCUUCCUGGGAUACAAGAAUAAGAAGCUCAGGGUGAACAUCAACGUGCCCAUGAAGACGGAGCAGAAGCAGGAGCAGGAGACCACCCACAAGAACAUCGAAGAGGACCGCAAGCUCCUCAUUCAGGCUGCCAUAGUGAGGAUCAUGAAGAUGAGGAAGGUCCUGAAGCACCAGCAGCUCCUGGCCGAGGUCCUGAACCAGCUGUCGUCCCGCUUCAAGCCCAGAGUCCCCGUCAUCAAGAAGUGCAUCGACAUCCUGAUCGAGAAGGAGUACCUGGAGCGGGUGGACGGGGAGAAGGACACCUACAGCUACCUGGCCUAGCCCCGCCCCCUCCUUCACCUUUCAUUAGUUCUUUCUUUUAUCUCAGUGUCGAAGUAACAUAAGUGUGAGGCGCGGCCGGCCCAGCGGGUUGUCGCCACAGCAACGAGAAGCACUCAGCCACCCCCCCCUGCCCCCCCCCUCCCCUCAGGUGUUGUGGGCACCUGGGGGCGUCAGACAAAACCCCACCAACCAAUGGCGUCUGAUCCCGCCUCCCGGCGACCCCAAGGACAAACCGCUAUUGCCCCCCCCCCCCCACUACACACACAUGCACACAUCCCCUGUAUGUUUUCAUGGUGUAAAUAUGAACGAGAACUCUGGAAGAGACGAGUUGAUGUUUGGCCAGUCGUGGGAGGAGCAUGGAGCAGGGGCCAUCUGCAUGCCACCGCCCACCGUCGGAAGCCCCGCCUCCACCAGUUCCUAUAAUUUAUGUUCCUGUCUUAAUGGCAAACAGCAGCCGGGGUGACGGAGGGGCGAGGGCAGUGAGAGCCCGACUGGCAUAAACAUUCACACCCCCACCCCCUCCAGGACCAGCCGGAUUUGAACCGGGGGGGGGAAUGCUUGGAUUGGUUUUUGUUUUUCGGUCGGCUGGAACACCCUGUGCGGCAGGUGGACAUUUGUAUAGUGUUUCAUUUUCUAAGUGUGUGAUGAAUAAAAAGUUAAGAUUUCUCUAACAAAUGGUCCGUCAGGCUUUGUGAA